AUGCUAAUCAAACCGGCUAAUCGCUUUAAUUCUCACUCUAAACGUGAGCGUGAAGGUGAUCCUUCAUCUAUUUCACACAAUGAAGGCAAUGACAUGUUUGAUUCCGAAAAGGAAUAUAUUGAGAAAUUAGAGGCUUUUGCAUUGCAGCUAAAGCAGUUGAACGAAAGGACACAUCCAGAAUUCUGCAAGGCUUCCAAAAGGAUAGAAAAUUGGCUUGCAGAUCAGAAACUCCGCAAUCAAAUUCUUCACGAUUACAAAAUAGAUGAAAUUCAUAGCCAAUAUGAACGCGAAAUUCGUACGUGUGAUCGUGACUGUGGAAUUGAAAAGAAGAAGAUUCAGGAAUACCUAGUCGGUUUAUGUGAAGAUUUGAAGCGUCGAUUGGAGCAUGACAAAAAAGGUAUUGAACUGACAACCACAGGUGAUGUUCUCGAAUUAAAACCAACAGUAACUCGCAAGCUGCGGCGUCGGGCACCUGAGAUGCCCUCCUCUGUCGUAGGUUCAGGAAUCGUGAGUAGUGCUAGUGGGAAAUUCGGCUAUUGGGGUGAUUUGCAUUUGUACGCACCCACCUGGUCUGUCGCAAUCUUAAAUACCUCCACCAAGUCCGGCAUAGAACUGCCAUCGAGUCCCUAUCCUACCAGUGGCACAGGACAGGAGACCGUUGAAGAUCCCAUCUACCACGCCGUUGUUCCACCUCCAAGCACGUUUGGUAAUCUAUUCGGUAGCCUGGGCGUCAAUGUGGAAGAUGGGAGUAGUCUCCUGAAUCACUUAAUCGCUUCUAUAAGUGCCUCAAAUGCAGCAGGAAACGGACAUGGCGAUUCUGGUGUCUUAUCCACCUCCGGCGUGCUUUUUACUCAGUCGGCUCUAGCCAGCACCUUUGGAUGCAUUGGCGCUACUGGCCCGAACUCAUCUGCCGUGACGUCGGUUGCUGCUGUCAUUGUUCCUGGACUAACUGGUUUGGCCGGAGCUCAACCGCCAAAACGACGGAAGCAGCAGAACAACCAACCACUAACUCAAUUAAGCCUACUUUUACCUGAAAACGAUAUCUACUCGGAUCUCACACUCAUACACAGGACUUGUGGAAAGCCACCUUUAAGUGGUGGCCUGAAAAAGCACAGUCAUGAGACCAGCGGGGGGACUGGGGCCACAGUACGUGGCGUCACAGGCGCGAGCAGUCCCCUUCCAGCGGGCACUCGUAGCGAGGAUACGCAUUCGAGGCGACGCAGCGAUAACACGGAGAGCGGUCGAAGAGAGCAGCACCAUCGGCACCAUCAUCAUCAUCACGACUCUGGCUCCCGCGAGGGUAGCUCCAAUAGCCCUCUCAUCUGGAUUGACGAUGGUCGUCUUUACAUCGGGCAGUCGUGUUACCAACAGGGAACUCCAGUCUACCUGGAAAGCCACGGAUGCAAUGGCACGGUGGUUGCAGUGGGUGCGCAGGACAUCUCCAUCAAGCGGAGUUCUGACACUGGCAUUAUGCGCAUCACAGUUCAACAGCUCAAACUUGGCCGUUAUGUUCUGGCCCCACUAAAGCCCCAACAACAGACGACGGUUCGCGGACUAGGCCGUCAGUGCAACUUUGUGGUUGCUGCUCUGGUGCAAAAGUAUGCGCGAGGCACCGGAGCUCGUUUGAAAGUGAUUGAACGUAUGUCCAGGUUACGCAGACUGGCUUCCACGGCUCUUACCUCUGAUACGGUAGCGUACACUUCCGACCAUGCUUGUAGCCUGCCGGAGCUUCUGUGCGUUUCCAAACACCGCUUGUUACCACUUCGAGGAAGCCGCGGGGCACACAAGCGUACCGCUACAUAUUUGCCCCGCGUUAUUGAUGUCAGUCUUAGGGAUCCAGUAGCGGUUGGUGUUUCCGUGACCACUAUCAGGUGCUGCGUUUGA